AUGGCAGAAGAGGGUUCGGGUUUACAUCAGUUCUGGAACACGCAGCCUGUCCCGCAGUCGAGUAUUGAUGCGGCCGAUACGGUGGGGCCGCUGGAAGCAGCGGGGACCGUCGAUGAUGUCCCCACCGAUCCGGUGGCAAUCGCCUCAACACUGGAGUGGUGGUCCCCAGACAUGGAUAACAAAGAUGAUGUACGUGCCAUAUACGAGCUUCUGCGCGAUAAUUACGUUGAGGAUGUUGAGAGCAUGUUCCGAUUUAACUAUUCGGAGGAUUUUUUGCGCUGGGCGCUUACCCCGCCGGGGUAUCAUAGCUCAUGGCAUGUGGCGGUCCGGCGUAAGCGUGACCAAAUGUUGAUGGGGUUUGUCUCUGGCAUUCCAGUCACAAUGCGUAUGGGCGCCCCAAAGAAGGUACUCCAGAAAAACAAGACCACUGAAGAAAAAGAGCAAGGGCCGGAGGAGAAGAAUAAUGAUCAUAAGAGUCAGGCGGAGGAGCUUUACCUCGAACCUCGUAAGAUCUGCGAGAUCAAUUUUCUUUGUGUGCAUAAGUUAUUGCGGGCGAAGCGGUUGGCACCGAUUCUCAUUAAGGAGGUAACACGUCGGGUGCAUCUGAUGAACAUUUGGCAGGCUGUCUAUACUGCUGGCAGGUUACUGCCGACACCGUUUGCGACUGCCGACUAUUACCAUCGCAGCUUGAACCCGGAAAAGCUUGUGGCGGUUGGAUUUAGCGCGAUACCGCAGCAAUACCAAAAGUUUCAAAACCCAUUGUCCAUGAUAAAACGCUUUUAUGAACUUCCCGCCAAACCGAAAACACGUGGUCUUCGACCAAUGGAACCAAAGGACGCGCCACAAGUAGCGAACUUGCUGCGAAAGAAACUUGCCACAUGUGACGUUGCCCCCGUAUUUACCGAUGAGGAGGUGGCUCAUUACACUCUGCCCCGUGAGGGUGUUUUGAUGAGCUACGUGGUAGAGCGUGAAGUCAGUGGUGGUGGUGGUGGUGGUAGGGUUGAUAGUAGCCGCGGCAAACAGAAUGAUGCUGGGACACAGAAGCAAAUUACAGAUUUCUUUUCAUUCUUCUCACUUCCAUCUUCCAUUAUUGGAAGUAGCAAACAUUCCGUUUUAAAUGCAGCCUAUGUGUUUUACAGCGCCAACACAACAAUUUCUCUCGUGCAUCUAAUGAGCGAUCUUUUGAUUGUAGCGCAUCAACAAGGCUUUGAUGUUUGUAACGUUGUGAACAUUAUGGACAAUGGUGAUUAUCUAAGCGAACUCAAGUUUGGUCGAGGAGAUGGUAAUCUGCACUACUACUUCUACAACUGGUCGUACCCUAUUGUGCAGCCAAGUGACGUGGGAUUGUUCAUGCUAUAG